AUGGCGAUCGAGAUCUCAGAUGGUGUUGCCAUCGGUGAUAGCACUACAGAACCCGAGACCAAGGAUAUCCAGUAUGAGCCUGUGGGCACCAUCUGUGAUUUCCGCACCCUCUAUCAGACAAAUCCCGAUUCAUUUGACGAGCGGGCAUGGAGCAAAGAAGUACCCAUCGACUUACCUGAUCCCGUCGAGGAUGCAGAGUCAGCGCAAUACGCACUUCUCGUUCGGAUACAGUUACGCCGGGUUCACCAUACAAGCUUUCCGGGCACUAUACCAAUUCCCUCAUUGCCUAUCUUUCCACUCGGGUACCACCCAGAGAAGGAUACUAUCCAGAAGGUGUCGACUGAACGGGGCAAGAAGUGGGAAGCAUACAAAGAGUACCAUUUCAGAUCCUAUGAACGGGUAUCAAACAGCAAGAACUCCAAAAGUCGGGACACCAAUUUUAAGGACACCAAAUACCGUGUCAAGAGUCGCGUCAUUAUCGACACUGAGGUAUACAACCUUUCUGAAUCGACGAGGUCAGUUCAAAUUUGCAGGGAGAUUGAUGGAGAACUGGACGAUUUGCAGCGCCUGGUUGCAACCCCAAUACUUUAUGGAUAUUCUCUGAAUGACAAGGGAUGGUGUUCGUUCCAUGUGAACCAUUUGAAAGACAUUGAGUGGAAUGAGCAGGCCGUUGGGUCCCUAGUUCUACUGCGGGAGCAGCAGGGACUCAAGGAAGUGAUCUUGGCCGUUGCAAAAGCUCAAUCAAGGAAAGUGGAUGAAUUCGAUGAUAUCGUUCGGGGCAAAGGCAAAGGGUUCAUUAUGCAGCUUAGCGGCCCUCUGGGCCCUAAGCUUCCCAAGUGGGGUGCUGUUCUGUUGCUUGAUGAGGCCGAUGUCUUCAUGAAAGCCCGUGAUUCAAACAAUCUCGCUCGCAACGAACUUGUCUCAAUCUUCUUGAGCAUGCUGGAAUACUACGAGGUAAGCUCCAAUCGCAAGAUCAUCGAGGCCAGAAGAGAUGGGAAUAAUCAUGCAAAAAAUGACAUGUUACUGAUCUUCUAUCUUUCUCUUCAGGGUAUUCUCUUCUUGACCACCAACCGUACGCAGAAUAUCGAUCCUGCCUUCGAGUCUCGGAUCCACCUUUCCCUCACCUACAAGGAUUUCGAUGCAGAAUCCAGGCGCCAGAGCUGGGCACAGUUCCUAAGCCACUCAAUGAACAAUGAGGCCUUCACGGAUGAGUAA